AUGAACUCGGUGGAUGAGCUGAACCUGCUGCUGGGUAUUGGCCCGUCACGACCCCAGCUCCCCCUCACGCUUCGCAAGUCUGGCUACCUACCGGUGCGCUCCCUGGGCAAGGGAAGCUACGGCCAAGCCCUCCUUGUUUUCCAUGAGCCGAAGCAGCAGUACUUUGUCGUCAAGCACAUAAACCUCGGCUGUUUGUCGUCUCGCCAGCGGCACGAUGCGCACAACGAAAUCAACAUCCUGCAGAAGCUGCACCACCCCAACAUCGUGCGCUACGCCGAGUACUACGAGGAACACCUGCACCUGUACAUCGUCAUGGAGUACGCUGACGGCGGUGACGUUUAUUCCUUGUUGAGCAGUGCGCAGGCGGCGCGGAAGCUGGGAGCGGCUGGCAGGUACCGGGGCGACUCUGCCGCGACUCCAGGUCUCUUGUCAGAGGCGCAGGUCGUCAGCCUCUUCGUGCAGACCACCAUGGCAGUGAAGUACAUGCACGACCGCCGCCUGCUGCACCGGGACAUCAAGUCAUCGAAUGUUUUCCUCACCAAGAACCACGUUGUCAAGCUCGGCGACUUUGGCAUUAGCACCGUCCUACAGAGCACAGUGGCCAUGGCGAGCACCAUGUGCGGGACGCCGUGCUACUUCUCCCCUGAACUGUGCCAGGGCCGUCCAUACAACAGCAAGAGCGACAUGUGGGCGCUCGGCGUGCUGCUCUAUGAGCUGUGCGCAGGCCAUGUCCCGUUUGAGUCCACAACGAUGAAGGCGCUAAUGCGGGACAUUGUGCACAAGCAGCCGCCUCACAUCCCCGCCGUCUACUCGGAGGGACUUUGGGAGCUGAUUGUGCAGCUGCUGCAGAAGGACGCGCGGCGGCGCCCCGACGCUGGGCAGGUACUCAUGUCACCCGUGCUGAUGAAGCAUGUGCCUGACCUGAUCGACCAGCUCGCCGCCGACACGGCCAGCGGCGGUACCCCUUCUUUAGGCGGCGUUGGCAGCAUUCAUGUAGAUGAAGCUCCUCGUGCGCCCGCUGCUGCUCCGCCACCCCCACCGCCACGAAAAGCGCAGCAGGUCCUGCCACCUCCCAAUAAAGCUGGUGGUGGUGGCGUUGCGAGUCCCGGGCUGCCCGCUGCCGCUGCCGCUGCCUCUCCGCUGUCGUUGUCCCCAUCGCCACUGUCGCAAGCGCAGCGGCAGCGGCACCCCUCCCGCAGCGGUGGUGGGGCCGGCGCCUCCUCGAUUGAGGCGCUGGUCGCUCGCUUCGAUGCCCAGAAACAGCAGAUUGUAGAGACGAGGAAACGCAAGUCUGGAUACCAGGCGGAGCUGCAGGGCACGGGCGGCACCGGUGGCGUACCGCACGCGUCUGGCGCCGAGGGGCAUUCACGUUUCUCACCAGGUUCUGCUGCGGCCCUUCGACAGCAGGAGCUGAGGGUGAAUGGCGGGGGGGUCGGAGGCGGCGUGGCACCCACACGGCCCUCGGUUGGUAGUGCACGCCCGCGAGCCACAGGUGCCACGCCUUCGCAGGCGGCCUUCAUGCCACCGCCGCUCCCAGCGGCGCUCCGCGACAUCGGCGCCAUCGAUCAGCGCUGCCCCGCAGGGCUGCCAACCACCCCGUCACCCCCUUCCCGACAGCGCGGCAGCGUGGCCGCCGCGCAGACGCCAAAGGUCAAAAAUGUUGAUGCGGUGCUGCAGGCCCCCAAUGCCCGUGUGGGCGAGCAGGCGAUACGUGCCCAACCGUACCCGGCUGCUUCACAGCGACGGCACGUCGUUGGGGAGCUCGACGAGAGUGCUGCGCCGCCAUUGGUCUCGGGGGGAGCAGCGCCAGCGGCAGACGAGCUGAACGCGAUGCUGUCGGAGCUGUCCUCUUGGCGAGAGCGCAGUGUUCGGCGGCAGCUGCGUCAGGACAGCCAUCGCGCACGCCGGAACAACACAAGUGACAAGACUGUCGUUGUGGCGAAGCCGAAGCCUGCUGCCGCGAAGUCGGACACCGACAUUCCCUCUCCGCAACCACCGACGUCGCCGUCUGCAUUUUCCGCGCCGCGCAACCAACUGGGUAGGCUCGCAGCGCCGCCGAAUUUCCAUCGGCCUGGGGUAGCGGAGGGCGCAGUGGCCCCCGGACCGAAGGGCAACGCUGCACUCCACGCCAGGCAACCGCAUGGGGUGGGCGGCGGUGUACAGGCGAGUGAGGCGCAUACAAGGGAUGCAGCAGCGUCGCUCAGCGGAGCCACUGCCCCCUCUCUCGGGGCGAACACUCACAGCAGUGACGACGACGGGGAUCGAAGCGCCACGCUGAGCUUUGUCGACGCGCUUGGCACUGCACUCGACGUCGAUGCCGUUCAGGCUGCCGCUGCAGCAGCGCAGCAGCAGCGCCCACUGCCACCACCGCCGCCACUAACUUCAGAGGAGGCUGGUAGCGCUGGAUGUCUGUCAGGACGGGUACCGUUCUCGCAGCAGUCUAUGAAGAAGACCUUCCACGGUACGAGUGACAGGAUUGAUUCCCUGCAGUCCACACUGAUGGCCGGCACGGUGUUCCGCCAUAUCCCUGUCACAGCGAUGCAGGCCGAGACGAUGCGCGGUACCUGCGCUGAUGCCACUGCGACGGCGGCCGCUGACUGUGCAGGGGAAGUGGAGGGUGCAGCCGACAUCCACUUCAGGACCUCCUGUCUCUGCGGUCGUGCCGAGACUUCGCAUGGCUACCUCUCCAUGAUCUACGGCUCUUUUGUUUGUUCCUGUAGCGUGUGCGUUCGAUUCACCGGUGCUGCACACGGUGUGGAGUGGCUGCACCUGCCCGAGGUGGCACAUGGACUGCCGGCGCUGCUGUCUUCGUCGACUCCAUCGGAUGUACCAGGUGGGUGUUCUACGACGGCGACGCCCAGUGCAGGCGCCGGCGCUGCUGCUGCUGCUAUGCCGCGCGCUCAUAGUAGGGGUACGCCGCUGAGCCAUAACCGAAACCAGGAGGCGGAGGCAAAGGGGAAAGGUGGCGACAGUGCCAGCUGCGCCCCACUAACACCAACGCAGUCUCCUAGCCCCUCGUCCCGUUGCUUGAGAACGGCGAGCGGCGCCCGCACUGGCGAUGAAGCCACGGAGGCGCUUGGCCAAGCCAACAUUCGAGCCUACAGCCACCGUUCACAAGUUGCAGCGCCGUUGCAGCUGGAGGAGGACCUGCGCCAACCUGUGCUGCACCCACCCGGGUCAUUGCUUGCAGGCGGCGGCGUGGCGACAAGGAGCCGGAGCGUGCUGUAUAUUAUCUACACCUGCCUCACCUGUGGCGCUCUCGUCGGGAUGCAGCACGAAGGCGUGGAAGGGAUUCUGCUGCCCAAGACCACGCUCGAUACCCAAAGCCUCGAUAUUCUGUCCUCGUGCGCGCAGGCUGUCGACCUCGACGCAACAGAGAUGGUCGCGGUGGGCGGAGGGCCCCCCUGCCAUGGAGUCGGUUAA